AUGCGGGCGGAAAGAGAAGAGCAGCGGCUCGCCUUGGAGCAGCAGCAGCAGCAGCAGCAGCAGCAACAGCAGCAGCAGCAGCAGCAGGAAGUGAGUGACCAGCAGCAGUUCAUGCAGCGGCAGAAACAGCUGCAGGAGAUGCAAAAACAGCUGCAGCGGCAGCAGCAGCAGCAACAGCUGCAGCAGCAGCGCCUCCAGGAACAGCAACAGCUGCAGCAGCAGCGCCUCCACGAACAGCAAGUGCUGCUGCAGCAGCAGCAGCGCAGUGUGACCGCAGCAGCUACUGCAGCAGCAGACGCUGCAGCAGCAGACGCUGCAGCAGCUGAAGCUGGAGCAACAGAAGCAGCAGCAGCAGACGCUGCAGCAGCAGACACUGCAGCAGCAGACUCUGCAGCAAAAGAAGCAGCAGCAGCACCGCCUCCAAGCCCGACUGCUGCAGCAAACUCUCGACAUUUGCGCAGCAGCAGCAGCAGCAGCAGCAGUGAGACACAAAACGAGCAGCAGCAGACACAAACACUUUAA